AUGUUAAAAACUAAUGGAUCUAUUCUCCCCCCUCGAAUAAAAUGUAAUGACGUUGAUACACUUAAUGUAUAUAUAGAAGACGAUCUAAAACUUUUCUUUGAAAAUUUCCAGAAGGAAGAAAAAAGAAAUGAUAAAUACGUAAUCAUUGCUGACUGUAAUAUUUUUUUAAAAGAACGUUCUACAUUUUUUCUAAUCUUGACAGUUCUUCUAACGAAAGGGGAAGCUAGACGGGGGAGUUCCUCAAAAGAAUCGUACAUACAUAUCAAUGAAAAUUAUAAAUUAGACAAAAAGUUAAGUAUAUGCAGCACAGAUAUAAUAUACUGUAGCGGAGCAGUAGACCAGGACGGCGUUGGUGUAGUUGGAGCAGAUGGCGUAGUUGACAGAGGAUACGACGGCUACUGCUGUUGCCGUGGUUUAGAUCAGAUUAGCAAUAGAUCUGCGUGUAGUAAUGACAUAUACACAAACAUUAGUUACACAAUGUGCAAUAAAAAAUGUGGUCCAAAAUGUAAUGAAAAAUAUUCUGAAGGAGGGAGGAACAAAGGAAGGACCACUAACAGUAGUGUUGAAAUGAUUAAACAUAAAAAUAUACUUAGCGAAAAUAAAAAAAGGAAUCGUAGUGAUGUGGAAAAAUAUGUACAGGAGGAGAAUACAAUUUCUGAAAAAUUCAAAGGAAUAAUUAAACAAAUGAUUAAUAAUCAUGGCACAGGAUCAUUCGAAAUAGGUAAUGUUUUAAUUAUUGUUUUGAAUAUGAAAAAAUAUCUUGAUAAAUCAGAAAAAUGCAAAGAAUUUGGUAAAAUGCUACAGGAAAUUUCCAUAUCAAGCAAAAACGAACUGAUUUGCUUUGCCGAUACCAACAUUAUGGACCUUUUGCAUUUUACGUAUCAUUUGUAUUUCAAAGGUGCACAUGGCACAGUUGCUCUCCAUUCCUUUGAGGUCUACAUUCUUACCAGUCUUUUCAAAACGUCAAAUGCGAAGGAACAUAAACGUGGCCUGUCGGAAUCUCUGAGACUGGCAAUCCUCAAUGAUAAAAAUAUGUUCAUAAGAAUAAAAAAAAAUGAUUUAAAUUAUUUCGUGAAGAAUUUAAAAUAUUUCCUGAACAAAUGCAUAUUAAAUAUAAGAGAUAUAAUAAAAAAAGGGGAGAAUAAUGCAAAAUAUAUACACGUUUUAUCAUUUGGAAAUACCAUCGGGAAUGCAAUAAAGAAUGUAAUAAAGAACUCACCUGGUUGUACAUAUAUAAAUGAUAGGGACUAUAUCAAUUAUGGUAUUUUUUAUGAAUUAAAAAUUAUGUAUGAACUACAUGCAAUAGAUAUGCUAUUACUUUUAAAUAUUGAAGAGAUUAUGAUUAAGUAUAAGUUAAAAUAUAAAUUAGAUAGCAAUUUUGUUAAUUAUUACACUAAUGACAUUAUCACCUAUUUACAUAAAACCCACAGUUCAACUACAAAUGAAAUUCCCUUAGUGCAUAUAUUAAAUAUAAACAAAGUACAAAAAAAUGUGUUAGUUCAAACACCUUUAAGUAUUAUUUUAAAAGUCUUCUAUCCCUUCAUAUGUUUAUCCCCCUUUCAAAAUAUAUUAACUACUAGUGCUCAAGAAGGGGAAUUCAUUGGUAUUGUUAACGAAGACAGGGAUGGUAUGAUCCACACAUCAACUACAAUUGAUAUGGUGCAAAAGAAAAAAGAACAUACGAAUAGCAAAAUAAACUACGUAUAUUUACAAGGAGUAGGAAAUAAAUCGCAAAUUAUUCGUAUUAUAUAUGUUAGUACCAUGGGCAGACAAAAUGUGCGAAUAGAAAAUAUGAAUCUAUGUUUUGAUGUCAUUGUGUUCAUAAAAAUAUUGAAAGAUUUAAAUUUUCAAAUUUUUUUAAAAAAAAAAAAGAGUAACGAUAUAUAUACAAAUGUAAAUAGAACUGUGAUACGAAAUUGCUUGUUUAUAAAUGGAAAUGUAGAACAAACAGUUUUUUUAUUUAAAAAUUUUAUUUUUCAAAAGAAAAUAAUUCUUAAUAUAUACAACAGUGGCACCGUUUGUCGUUUUCUUCUACCAUUGCUUUGUUUGUAUAUAUGCAAACAGAAUUUAAAGGCAAAAGAGGAGAAAAAACAAUUGUUGAAAUAUAUUAUUUUAAAAGGAGAUGAACAGAUGGAAUCCCAUAGAGUUAUAAAUCCCUUAGUAAAUGUUGUGCUCAAAUGUUUUAAAUAUGUAAAAAUAAAAUAUUUAAAAAAAAAAAAUUAUUUACCUAUAUGCAUAUACGUAAAGAGAGAAAUACACGAAAGUUACACACUCUUUUGUUCGAACGAUGUAGCUAUUGAUAACUAUCACUCGAGUCAAUUCGUUUCCUCUAUGUUGUUAAUAUCUGUAUACUCUGAAACGGAUACUUGUAUUCGCUUAAAAUUUAAAAAAAUACACAACUGCCUAAAUCGAAGCAAAAAAAUAAAGGUUAAAAAAGAAGUAAAAAAUUUUCAUUUUAAAAUUUUUCGAAAACGAAAAAUAGCUGACUUGUUCAUAAAAAAAAAAAAAAAAAUUACCAUUUUUAGAAAGUACAUAAAAAGAAAAGAAGUGUCAAGAUUUAAAUGUUCCUAUUACACGAUGUUGUCCAUUUGUUGGAGUUGUAAUGGUAAAAAGUGUAACAGUAUUAAUAAAGGAUCAACACUAUGUUGUAAAUGUAGUAGUGGCCCAGAUUUCAAUUUCGACGAAAAUUAUAGACAUCCCCGCAAGAGGUACAAUUGGUACAAUUUCGGCUAUCCUAUCAACGAAAUAAGAAACAGAAUGAAUAGCUCAAAUUUUAGCACCACCUCAAAGGCGUUCAUAGAUUUGACAGUUCGUGUAAUGAAAUUAUGGGGGGUACGGGUCAAAAUGAAAAGGAAUAAUUAUACUAUUAAAAAAAAUGAGAAAUAUCUUUUAUACAGCAAUAAUAAUGAUAGUACUAGUAUUAGGGGCAUUGCAGGGAAUAGAAGUAGUAUCAAAAGCAGAACCAGCAGCAGAAUCAGCAGCAGAAUCAGCAGCAGAAUCAGCAGGAGUGGUGGAAACAAAAACGAACGGUUUAACAACGUGCAUUAUAAAUAUGCGAGUAUGAUUAACAGAAUUCACCAUUUUAACGAUUCGAGGCAUAUUCUUUUUCCAGGAAUUCACAACAAAAAGGAAAAGACGCUCGUGUAUUCUUUACACGGAAGGGGGGAAAAAAGUAGUAAAGGAUCGUGCGAUACAUGCAAGCAGAAGGGUGUAGAUGAAGUCAAAAAAGAGGUACAUAAUAGUCCCCAUGAGGAGUAUAAUUGUGUUAUGCUAAAACAAAAAGAAAAAGUGGACCAAAUAAAUAACAAAGAGAAGGAAGAAGAUAAAAACAUAAGUAAUGAUGUAACAAAUGAUGGUAGAUACACCCUCGUAAAGAACAUAUUACGGUACGAAAUAAAUAACGACCUAGGUCUAUAUUUCUAUUUUAUUAUUGGCAGUCUGAUCAAGAGACAGAAUUGUGUUAUCUUUUUAAAAUUAAAUAUAAACAGAAUGAAAUUAAAAAAUGUAGGUAAAGGUUAUUACAAAAUAGAGACGAUAGAUUUUCAAAAAAAUGUUUUAAAUUAUUUUCUUUUAAAUAUUUUGUUACUACUUGGGAUAAAUAUGUAUAUAAACAUGAAUGAUGAAAAAAGAAAAAUUUAUUUAUUGACAUCAAAAAGAAUGAAUAUUAAGAAAAAAAAAAUUAUUAGACAUUUGGAAAAAGCUAUAAGGAAUAAAUGGAAGAGGAAAAAUGGGUAUUAUAAAAAAAGGCGUAGAAAUAUAUAUACUGCAGCCUGUCAUGGUGUUAAUAAUUCAACUUGUGAACAUCUCUCUCAGGGGGAAUAUACUUUCAAAUAUUACAUUUUUGAAAAGAUAUAUAUGAAAUACAAAAUUAUGCACUUCAGAAAUGUACUCCUCAAGAUAGUAGUAGAUGCGGAAUACUUUUCCGACGACUUUUUUUCUAUUUGUGUUUUAUUUUGCUAUUACUUAUUAACGCAUGAGAGGGAGAACGAUACAGAACUACUGUUUAAGAUAAAAAAUAUACAUAACCAAAAUAUUAAGGAGUCCAUACGAAUCUUAAACGCUGUGCUCAUCCUAAAAAUAUGCUUUCAUAAUAUCCUCUUCAUAUUCUGUGAUAAUAACAGCAUAUACAUUACUAAGACGCACCACCAGAUACAAAAUUGCCUCUUCUUCAAGUGCAAACGCGAGCACUGGACCUUACUUUGCACUAGUUCCGACAAUAAUGAGAGGAGGAAUAAUAGUAGCAGUAGAGGUAGCAAUAGCAACAACGGUAAUAAUAAUCGCCGCAGUCGGUGCAAAAAAAAAAUAUUUUUCAACAACUCCAAAUAUGUGAUAAAUGAUGAUCAAAAACUGUGCCUAUAUAUAGAUGCCAAAAAGGAUCAUAGAAUUAUUUUUAUGGCUACUAUUUUAUCACUUAUUUUUAAAAAUAUCAUAAUUGAUAAUUCAUACGAAGUUGAAAAAAGUUAUCCUCAUUUUUAUGAACAGGCAAGAAAAUAUUUAGAAAUAAAUAUUAACUAUGUCAAUUCGGAUAAUGUCAAAUUUCAUAAUUUUGAAGAAGUAAACAAUUACAAUAUACUGAAUGAGCAGGAUAGCAAAUCAUGCGUUGAAGUUAUAUCCUCUUCUAUAGAGUCCCAUGAGAGUACCUAUUCAUGUACCGAUGCUUCAAGAAGUGAUGUAGACAUGUUAAAAAAUUAUAAAUCGCCUACCAUGUCUACUGAGGGUAAUUAUAGAAUUAAUACUAGAUCCAAAAAACUCAUAAAUAAAGACACAAACUGUAACUCUUUAAAUCAUAAAAUGGAAAAUAAUACAUGUACAGAGGAAAAUUUUUAUAAAACAAAUGGUGCUCAUAUAAUCCACAAAAAAGAAAUCAAUCGCACUCACAGAAGUACUAGGGGGAAUCUCUAUUUUAUGAAUCAUGAAUAUUGGAAGACCUCUAACUUGAACUUAAAAAAUGUAGUGAUGAAAAAAACAAAAAAAUGCAUACAUAGAAAAAGGGAACCUAAAGGGAUUAUAAACUUGUGUAACCUCACCAAUCCUAUGCUGCAACUACACACACGUGGAAGUACAGGCAGCAUUGCAUCCGAAGAAAAUGAACUGACCGUUAUGCGUUGUGGGGCACGGAAGGGAAUCAUUUCGAGGAAAUGGACAUUCACAGUGAGUAACAAUGGUGGUAGCGAUAGUUAUAGCGAUAGUUAUAGCAAUAGUUUUAUGAAAUGCAACGAGGAUCCCAGUAAUGAACGAAGCAACGAAUGCAACGAAGACCAUAGUAACGAACGCAGUAACGGGUCGAGUAAAUGGUUCGAGCGAAGGGGGGGAACAGAAGAAGGGUACCAAACAAAAUUGCGCUUAAAUCUACGUGAAAGGCUAAGAAGCGGCAAAAGUAGUAGCUUUCUAAAUAAGGUAAAAAAUCAGUUAAAUGGUGAUAAAACAAAUUUAUUUUUACCAUCAGACACUAAUUAUAUGAGAACAUAUAAAUAUGAAGAAGUAAAAGUAAAUAACGGGAACGUUUUUUACUUACUGAAGGAAAUUAAUAAUCUAAAUGUACACAUAAUUUGUGGCAUUAGGAAUGUAGGGAAAAGCUACCUCGGCCAUAGAAUAGAAAACAGCUUAGUAAUUGAUAUAGAUGAAUACAUAUUAAACGGACAAAUCAGCUUUGAUAAACUUACCAUUGACGAUUUUCGGUUCUACGAGUACAUAACCUUCGUCUCUGCCUUGUAUUUGUCCUACUGCCUGUUGACCCUGAAAAAUUAUUUAUGGGCCAAUAUUAGCGGAAGUAUUAGCUGUAAUGAUAGGGGUGAUGUAUGGUCCCAUAUUCAAAGCAGUAUGCACGGGAACGAUGACAAAAAAAACGUCUUUCUCUGUAGAGCGGAAAAUUCGAAGGUGUGUAUUAACAGAUCAUGUGUAGCGGUACAUGCAUAUUUCGAUAAUAUAUUUUUUUGUAUGGGAAAUGAUAUCAUUUUUUACAACAAAAAAAUAAAUGAUUUAUAUUACAACUUAAAAAACAAAUUGCUAACAUGCAAAAAUUAUGAUAUAAAUAGCAUAACAAUAGUUUUAGGAGGAGGAAUAAUAGAAUUUUAUAAGUCAAGGCAAGUUUUAAAAAAAUUGAAAAAUGUGGUACUAAUUAAAAGAAACAAAAGAGAAUUAUGUGAUAUAUGUAUAAAUGAUAAUGUAAAACCAAAGCUAAGUGGAAAUAUAAAGGAAAUAAUUAACAGAAGAACUGUUUUGUUUGAUGAGUUAAAUUCCUUUCAUUUUUCCAUACCAUCAGAAAUUAAAAUAAGUAGUCAUAUAAAGAAUUUAAAGGAAUCAAGAAAUAAACUAAUUGUUAGUAGUUUUAUCAACUUCUUUAAUUAUAAAUUUUUUGUAAAGCCUACCAUUCUUGACUGGGGUGCUAUUCGUACGUUGUCCAUCCAUCUAAAAUUUUUUCAUUCUUUCGACUACGAAUUAUUGCGGUCAUCGUACGACGUUGUUGAAAUUGUUUACGAGCAUAUUGGUGGUACGAAGGAUGGUCAAAGUGAGCAAAAGGAUGGGGGUGGACAGAGAGGCUGUAUCGAACAGAGUCGCUGCAUUGAACGGAGAUGCCGUGGAGAAGAGCUAGACAUGGGUGUACAACAUGACCAAAGAGGGAAAAAUAGAAAAUAUGCCAAAAAUGAAGAAAAAUUAUUAGCGCUAGCAAUUUUUAUUAUCCGGUCGUAUACCACAAAACCUAUCGCGGUUAAAUUGCACACCUCAAUUUUUCAUGCACAAUUUUUUAAGAUAAAAAAUAGAUGCACGAAAUUGAAGAAGGAUGGCAAAAAAAAUGUAGCACACCUCUUUUGUAAUAACUUAUUAAACAUUUUAUAUAAAUACAAAAUUAAUAUCGUAGAAGUUGAUAUAAAAUUUUUAAAAGUUGUAAAAUAUUUCCUAGCGCAUAAAAAAAAAAAAGCAAAUAUUUUUUUUAUUAUUUCAAAACAUAGAAAUAAAGUAAAUAAAUUAAAAAUAAAAAGCGAUUUAAAUAAGUUGAAUAUAUUCCAUGCUGAUUUGAUAAAAUUAACUUAUAACUAUGCUUCCAAGUCUGAUAAAGAAUUUUUGAGUAAAACAAUAAAUGCAUAUAACUCACACAGGUUAAUAAACACCAAAUUGUCUCGCAUUAAAAACGUAUAUAAUAAUACGAAUCAGGAAAUCUCACUGUAUAGCUGUUAUGUUAAUAAUUCUUUUGUUUUUUUAUAUAAUAAUGUAACACAUUUGGAAUAUCAGAAAACGAACUUGAGAAAUUUGGAAACAGGAAAAAAUUCAAAAAAUAUAGAAAAUCAUAAUUAUGAUGAAAACAAAAAAAAUAGAGAUUUUUACCAUAAUAAUUUUAUGUACGGUUUUUAUUACCAAAAAGUAAAAAGUAUUAUUUCGUAUGUACCCACGGAAGGUGAUAAAUAA